AUGGCCAGUGCCCCCAACAACGGAGCGGCAUCUGCCGAGGGCCAGGCGUCUAAGUCCUCUAGGGCGCCGCCGCCUGGCGGCUUCUCGCUGAGAUCGCAGGCCCAGACGCGCGAGAAGAAGAACUGGCUGCUCAACCUACUGUACGUGCGGCAGGAGUUCAAGGAGUGCCUGGAGGUAGUCGAGGAGCAGCUGCGCGAGUCCAACGGUAUGUGCGAGUACGCUAUAUACGUGAAGGCGCUCAUCCGUCGGCAGGAGGGCCAGGUGCAGGAGUCGCUGCAGCUGUUCCAGGCUGCGACGUGCAUAAACCCACGCAACGUGCACAACCUGAAGCAGGUGGGCCGCAGCCUCUACCUGCUCGGCAAGCACGGCGCAGCCAUCGAGGUGUAUGACGAGGCCCAGAGACUUUCGCCAGACGACUGGGAGAUAUCCAGGCACGGUGGCGGAUGGCACAACAAGGGCUUGUGCCACAUGUACUUGAGGCAGUACGAGAACUGCGUGGACUGCUUCACGAAGGCGAACGCCAUCCAGCGACACGACGUGACCUUCAUGCAGCUGGGCAAGGUUUUCGCAGUGCAGGAGGACUACAAGUCGGCCAUCGACGUGUACACCGAGGCGCUAGAGUUCUCUCCCGAGAACGCUGAGCUGCUGACGACACUGGGCAUCCUGUAUCUGAGGGAGCGCGACAACAUGAAGGCGUUCGAGUAUCUUGGCAACGCCCUCACCCACGACCCAAAGAAUGCCAAGACUAUCCUGGCUGCGGGAUCGAUCAUCCAGGACCACUCCGACAUGGACGUGGCCCUUGUCAAGUACCGGGUGGCGGCCGUUCAGACCCCGAACUCCGCCCAGUUGUGGAACAACGUGGGCAUGUGCUUCUUCGGCAAGACCAAGUAUGUCGCAGCCAUCGCUUGCCUGAAGAGAGCCCUGUACCUCGAUCCUUUCGAGUGGAUCAUCUCAUAUAAUUUGGGCUUGGUGCACUUGAGCACCGGCCAGUAUGCGUCUGCUUUCCAUUUCUUUUCUGCCAGCAUCAACUUAAAGCCAGAUUGGCCUUCGUCCUACAUGUACCUCGCCAUCACCCUGUCCCGCCUCGAGGACUUCGCCAACGCAUGCAGCGCAUACGAGAAAGCGAUAGAUAUGGACACAGAUCACAUGUUCCACCUCAAUUUCGCAAUAACGCUGCUGAACAACGGCGACACCGUGGAGGCUAGAAAUCAGUUCGCGUUGUUCGAGACCGCCUUCUCGCAGCUGGACGAGGAACAAAGGCAGAAGGGCGCCGACCCGGAGGUCCAGGAGCAGCGGCAGCUGCUGCAGGGACUGCUCUCCGCCGCCAAGUAG